GGAGCGAAGCCGUGCCCAGAGAAGCGGUUCGUAGGGAGGCAGCGCGGGGGACACGCACGGCACAAACCAUGGGACACCUCCACCACCACGAGCAGCCCUCCGCAGCCCUCUCCCGACGCAGCCUGAGGAAGGCAGGGGACGGCGCGGCGCUACUCCUCCUCCUCCUCCUCGCCGCCUCGAUGUCUGCUUGCAAAGGUGCACCGAUGCCAUCCCAAGCACUUAAUGCAGAUGAGGAUUUGCAGCUAUGGAAAGAGAUAGACGAUGCAUGCUCUGCCUACCUAUCCCCAGAUUCCCAGCCUCAGGUGUCCAGUACACUGGAAGAACUUUGUUUCUUGAUCAUGGGAUUUCUCCAGAAACAACAGGGCUUAGAUGAAAAAGACAACACCAAAAGGUCUUCUGUCCUGCAUCCUUUACUGCAACUCGUUCCCCAGCUUAAUGAGAGAAGACUGAAGAGAUACAAACUAGACGAAGAACUUCACGGACCUGGAGGGUUUCAAAGCAGAGGAUACUUUUUCUACAGGCCACGCAAUGGAAGGAGAUCAGUGGAUUUUCGUUAAGGAGGAUUUCAGAUUCCUGACCUAGAACUAAUGCUGCAGGAAUGCUGAGUACAUGGACAUAUUGUUUUCCUUACAAAAAUUAUUUGUUAUUAAUGUACAAAGUCACUAGAAUGUAAAUGUUCUUAAACUAGAUUCUGUUAAGGAUUCAAAUGUUUCUUUACUCUUUUGGUUAUACUAAAAUCAUAUUAAAACUAUUGCUUCCUAGUGUUGUGAUGUUUACAACUGUGUGUAAUGUAACUGUAAAAUCAAUGUGUGCAUGCAACAGACAUUGCCUGUUAUGUAUAUUUUGUUACAUGUAUGUAACACCACUGUUACGUACAUUUUUUUCCCCUUAUAAAUAAAGGCAGUUCUUUU